CCACAGCAGCCCAGCAGCACUGACUCCUCUAUUUAUGAUGGCUGCCUGCACCAAGAGAAGAGGGAGAUCGAAUCAGAUAUCGCCCACUACUCAGGACUAAAGCAGUAGUGUACUCGUACAAUUGAGCCGCAAGAAAAGCAUCGCAUCCAUCGUCUUCUCCAUCAGUCCAUCCCGAUUCCCGAGUACCAUUCGAUUCUAUAUUCCGCCAUUGUUGAUCGGCUCGCUCGCCUUCCUUGGUUCAUCACUAGUAACGGCAGGAAAGGAGCCGAGCCAUUCCAAUCCAAGAUUGAUUCAGUGCUGGCCAUGGAGAAGGAGACUCCGCCGCCGCUGCAUACGGACCAGGAGACUAGUGUUUCAUCCGAGCAACAACGUCCACGGCCGCAUCUCUCCAUCGACAUCCCGGCAGCAUCAAGCCUGCCGGCAGAUCACCUGCUCCCGAUGGCUACGGCGACGCAGGCCGGCACCAGCAUCACCCCGCCUUCCACCAGGAGGGGGCAACAGACAAGCAGCAACAUCCUCAGCACGCCCGCUCCUUCCUCCAGCUCUAGCAAGCCAAGCAGCAGGCCGCCUCUGCGCUCGCCGUCCUUCAUGCUGAGGCAGACGGUGAAGAGCCUGCUGCCGUUGGGGAGCUUCAAGUCGUCGGCCGUCAAGAGCUACGAGGCCUCCAUCUCCAAGCUGUUCGGCGCCAGCGCCACCAAGGUGAUGGCCAGGACGCCGUCGCUGCCGCUGGACCAUGCUCUGUCGUCGUCGCCACAUCCACCACCAGUUCAGCAGAAAUCAGCCGCGCUCCACCACAUGUGCCGCUCGCAGUCGCUCCCCACGACCACCAACAUGAAGAAGGCGAAGCUGCUGAACGCGGCCAACGCCAAGAGCUUUAAGCGGAUGGACUCGCUCGGCGGCACGUUCCGCGUCGUGCCUUCCACGCCCAGAACCCCCGCCACCGCCGUCCCCGACGACAUAGCCCCUGCUCCACCAGGCGGCCCAGGGGUCGACGGCGGCGAGGACAUACCGGAGGAGGAGGCCGUGUGCCGGAUCUGCAUGGCGGAGCUGUCGGAGGGCAGCGACACCCUCAUCAAGCUGGAGUGCGCGUGCAAGGGCGAGCUGGCGCUGGCGCACACGGACUGCGCCGUCAAGUGGUUCAGCAUCAAGGGCACCCGGACCUGCGAGGUGUGCAAGCAGGACGUGCAGAACCUCCCGGUGACCCUGCUGCGGGUUCAGAGCGUGCAGCGGCGGGACCUCCUGAAUCGCGGCGGCGCCAGCAACACGCCCAGAUACGACCGGUACAGAAUGUGGCACGGGACGCCUAUCCUUGUGAUCAUAAGCAUCCUGGCCUACUUCUGCUUCUUGGAAGAACUACUGGUGGCCCAUGACGGCAUUGUUGCGCUGGCUAUAUCGCUGCCCUUCUCAUGUAUCCUGGGCCUCUUCUCGUCCUUGACCACCACAAGCAUGGUGGCAAGAAGAUACGUAUGGAUCUACGCCGCGGCUCAGUUCCUCUUGGUCGUCUUCUUCACCCAUCUCUUCUACAGAUACCUCCAUUUGCAGGCCGUGAUCUCCAUCAUCCUGGCGACCUUCGCCGGCUUCGGCGUGGGCAUGACCGGCAACUCCAUCGCCAUCGAGAUACUGCGGUGGAGGGCGAGGCGGGUGGCGCCUCCUACCCAGCAGGCCCGCCGUCGUCGUCACCGCAGGCCGCGUGCACCUCAACAUCAGGCUCCUGAUCUGCCGGCGUCUGGUUCUGCUGAUCAGACUUCCAGCCAGCCUUCAGCUGCAGACAUGGGAAUGGGAAUUGGAGCGGGACAGCACCACGUCAUGGCCACCGCCGCCGGCGAUGUUGAGAACCCACCCGUCCCUCAGGCAUAGAACGUCGUUACUGUGGAGCAGGAGCAGUUUGUAGUUUGUAGUUUACCUGAGAGGGACCUUGUUACACUAGUAUAUAUACAUGAUAGUACAGAUGGAGUCUGAAUCUUGUUUCUCUACGCAUGCCUUGUGAAAGAGAUCAUCAUUUGGCGCUGU